CGUCUCAAACGGGUUCUUGUGAAUCCGAAUAGGGAUCUGGCCAUCCAUCGAAGGUCACCGACAACGACGGGGCUACAGUGUUGCAUAUCUAAGUCUGAGUGAUCUGCUUGUUUGAGUCUAUACUCGCCUGUUUGUGUGAUCUUACUCACGCUGUUGAAAGUAGCGUCACCUGCGGACUUUUCAGCCCACACAUCUUUCCACAUCAUGAGUAAGGCAACGAAACCUCCAGUCCCUCUCGCGGUUCAGAAUUCAGGGCGCUGGCUGGGGAAUGAUGGGUCAUGGUCAACGUUUUUCGUACACGCCGGGACACCGCCACAGCAGUUUCACGUCUUGCCAUCAUUCGACGGACAAACGAUUUACCUGCCAAUCGAUGAAGACUGCCUGCCAAGCGGGUUCAAUAUUUCAAAUUGCGGCGCAUCACGUGGUGUUGAGGUUUUCGAAUCAAAACCUGGUGUUGGGUUCCAGAGAAACGCUUCGUCGACUUGGGAUGAGAUCGGCAUCUACAAGGUGAACAUGGGUCACAAGUAUGGUCUCGCUGGAAACGCUUACUUCGGCUACGAUACCGUUGGUCCAUCAACAAGUAACGCAGUUGAUGUACCCAAUCUUGAGAAACAGUCCCUAGGCACCUAUUCUAGUGCUGACUACUGGCAAGGUCGAUUGGGAUUGUCGUUGUUUUCGAUGAACUUCACCGACACCGACCGACCUCACUCAUUUCUCAGUCGUCUCAAAGAAGAAGGUCACAUACCUAGCCUAUCCUUCGGCUACCAAGUUGGGGCUCCAUACAGACAGACAGGUGUUGCUGGAAGCCUAAUUCUUGGUGGAUAUGAUCGGUCCAGGAGAUCCGACAAUACUCUUUCACUAUCAUCCUCUCAGGAUCUGCUGGUUGGAGUCCAAGGUAUUUCAAGUCAAUAUAGUAACGGAACAACAACCGUUCUACUCGAGGAAGGUUUCAUAGCGGUCGUAGAUUCUAACGUACCCGAGCUGUGGCUUCCGUCCGUUACCUGCGACCGCAUCGCCGCACUGUUCAACCUGACGUACAAUGAAGAGACGGACCGUUAUCUACAGAGCGAUGUCACACGUCGCCUACUACAAGAUCAUAAAUCCAUCCUGAGCUUCACACUUGGGCUAUCGGUGUCGGGAGGCCAAACGAUUCAGAUUGAGAUACCCCUCCCCGCAUUCGACCACCAGGUCUCCUACCCCAUAUUUGCAUCACCGACGAACUACUUCCCUUUGAGGCGAGCUGCAAACGACAGUCAGAUCACGCUGGGCCGCACGUUCUUACAGGAGGUUUACAUCAGUUCGGACUGGGAAAGAGACGAGUUCAACCUCAGCCAAGCUGUCUUCAGCGCGCCGAUGCCCAAGCCCGAUAUCGUAGCCAUUCCACCGAAGAACGACGACACGCUAAUCGAAACGUCUAACAAAGGUUCGAAGAAACCCUCCACGGCACUACUCGGUGGCGCCAUCGGUGGUGCAAUCGCCGCAGUCCUGCUUCUAGGCUGCCUAGUGUGGUAUCUCUGCCAGCGCCGUCGGCACCGAGCGAAGACCCAGUUGCCUGUAGAGCCCAUGGCGCGACCCGUUGACGAGAAGGCCGAGUAUUCGUAUUUCGCACCAACAGUUGGGGAGAAGUCAUAUGCGAUGGUGCAUAUGGAUGCGGAGCUAGAUGGCGGACCUAUAGGGGAGAGGCCUGCGAUGUGUGAGCUGGGCGGCGGGUCGGUUGCGAGGGAGAAGGUGCCUCAUAGGGCAGAAGCGAUGGAGCUUGAUGGCGUGGAGCAGGUUUUUGAGCUGCCUUCACAAACCGUGGAACGGUAAUUUUGGAGUCGUACACGUUGCUAAGCACUGAUGG